GAAGAUAUGUUACCAGUGUAAAGAAGUUAUGCCUCUGCAGAUGCUUGCAGUACACAUCAAUACGUGCAAAGGAAAAUUCUCUCCUGAUGAGACUGAUGAUGAGGAAUCUGAGUUAUGCAUUUUGAAAAGCAAAUGCAAGGUUAUUUGUCCAAUAUGCACUAAGGACUUUCCUGAAGAUGAGAUCACAGUCCACACGAGUCUGUGUGGGGAUAGCUUUCAAUGCAUGGUGCCUGAAGAAAAUGACCAAACUACAGGGACACCAGCUCAAACUUCAGUAUGCACAACAGACAGCGUGGAAGAUGUAUUGCGUUGCCUUGAACAACAAGUCGACACCACAACAGAAUUUAAGUUGUGUGUGGACAGAGAAGACCUUCCAGACAGAGGCAUUCUCCAGUGGCAGAGAAAAAAAUCUGCAUCUCCCACCAGUGUUCUUAGGGUGGAGAGGCAUUGGAGAGGCAGGCGUGGAUACAGGAGCACUUAGGAAAGAGUUUUUGAGUGACAUGAUUUCAGGUAUUGAAAGCAGAUUCUUUGAAGGACCUGAGAACAAGGGCAAAAACCCCAAGUAUUCUCUGACCGAUCUUGAUAAUGAAAACUUCAGAACUGUUGGUGAAAUAAUUGCAGUCAGCCUCGCCCAAGGAGGCCCAUCUCCUGCCUUUUUCAAAGAAUGGUGCCACAAUUUCCUCUGCUCAGGAGAGGUUGAUUUCAGCUGUCUGUCUAAGGAGGAUGUUGCAGAUGUGGAAUCUUCCCUGCUCAUCAGCAAAGUUGAAGAUGCUGCAGACAUACAUUCUCUGAUGAUGUGGGCUGAUGAAAUUGUCAGCUGUGGAUACACAAACCAGAUAAAGAUGGAUAGUAAGGAAAGCAUGAUCCGUGCUAUUGUCUUACACUCUACAACAAGACUGAUUCCAAUGCUACAGCAGCUCAGAAAGGGCAUGGAACUGUAUGGUCUUGUGAACCUGAUGGCUGUAAAUCCUGAAGCUUGCCACAGUUUGUUUGUUCCUGGGAAAAUCCUCAAACCAGACGCUGAUUUCAUUAUGAUGAGCUGCCAACCACAUUUCAGUGAAAAGGGGACAUCUAGGGAGAGAACUGAGAGGAAGAUCAUACAUUUUUUGCAAGAUUUCUUGCAGGAGAUUGAAGCAUCAGAAAAGACUUCAGAAACAUUUUCAAACAUCACAGAUGGAAACACAGGCGGUGCAGGUGGUGAAAAACCAGAGUCUCUUGCUGUCCAGCAUGUGCUCCAGUGGAUAACCAGCCAGUCCCAUGUUCCCAUCCUUCCUGAUGAAAAGAGACAUUUCAAAAUAACAUGCAAGUUUGACCACGAAUGUAAGGAGCGGCUGGGAGAUCACUCAAUUUGUUACCCAGUUGUGAGUGCAUACACUUGUACUGUGACUUUUCCAGUGCAGCAUCUGGACACUUACACAAUGUUUAAAACCAUAAUGAGUGCAGCAGUUAGAUACAGUGGUGGAUUCCACAGAGUUUAACACAUUGUUGUCUUGUAAUUUGGAAACUAAAUGAGUAAAAAUGUUUCUAAACAUUAGCUGUUAAGAUGUUCGUAGCUGUUUCAUGAAAAUGACAAGACUUCAAAACUUUGUGUAGGGUCCUACGUUGAUAGAUAAUAAGCAAGUGCUUUGUUUGCUUGUCUACUUGUAAUCUGAAUGUUUUAGCAAAGAAAUCCAGUAUUUGAGAACUUAAAAGAGCGUUGACUUUCACGUCCAUGUUAAGUGUCACUGUUGGUUUGACAUCUGUAGCAAGAAUUGUAUGUACAGGUCACGACCGUGUGACUCAGAAUGUUCCAAGGGAUUAAUUGUUCUCUGAAGUCCCUCCAGGGUUUCCUCAUCCAGUGGGCAUUCAACUUCAGGAACCACAACUGUGCUGUUAGAUUCUUCUUGCAGUACAGCACUCUCCCAGUCAAUCCUGGAUCCUGAAGCUCCUUCAAAUCCACAAACAUAUAUAAUAGUCGUUAUUCCAGAAUAGGUACUUUUGGGAGUAAUGUUAUUAAAUACAACAAUUUAAAAAGAAUGCU